AUGCUACACAGGCGGGCACGGUACGGAUCCGCCAGCUCACUCUCUUCUCAACCCCAAGCGGCCGCGGACGAUAGGGCGGCGGCGGCGCAGUCAUCGCGCCCGGGCGAGACCACCGGUCUCCUCCCGUCCAGGGGCGGGACUAUCCAGGAGGAUGGGGGCGGCGGCGGGAGGCCCGGCGGCGGGCUUAGGAGCGUGGGGUUCUCUGAUACGGUCGAGCUCGCUUCGUUCGAGCACCUCCUCGAGGAGGAGAUCGACAAGGUGGAGCGUUUCUACCUGAAGGUGGUCAACGACCUGGAGGGCGAGCUUACCGACCUUGACCCUACCGUGCCGAUUCAGGCGGCCCUCGAGAGCCACAACGAACGCCACGCCGACCCGACCGCGGCGGGGGAUAAGUCCCCCUGGGUCAUGAAAUCGAAACCAAAGCUGGACAAGAAGAGGGAGGAUUCUCUGAAGCGGGCACUCUUGGACCUGUACCGAGACCUUACCCUGCUGCAGAACUUCGCCAUCGUCAACUACACGGCUGUCGUGAAGAUAACGAAGAAGUACGACAAGCAGGUGGUGGGGGCGGAGGAGCAGGAGUAUCCCACCAGGGCGAGCCUCGACCCGGCGGUUGCUAUCACGGGCAGGAUGCUGGAGCACUUGCACCAUCAGGACUUCUACCACGUGAACAAGCUCAGGAGCGUAACCGCGGCGUGCGAGACUUUCUAUGCCGGUAUUUUCUGCGGAGGCAACGUGGCGCAGGCCCGGGGUCUGAUGCUGCCGCAGAAGACGGACGAGAGGAUAGAUCUCGCACAAUUCCAGCUCGGCUACCGCAUGGGCAUGGCCGCGGUCCUGGCGUUCUGGAUCCUCUGGGACUGCUGCCUGGAGCCCGAGGGAGACGACCCCGGCUGGCAAGUCAGCGUCCUCCUGCACCCAGCCUUCCCGGUUUACCGCGCCUUGGCAGGCAUUCUGCUUCUUAGGUGGUGCUGGGGGCUGUCCUCGCUGGUCUGGGGUAGAGCACGAAUCAACUACAUCUACCUCUUCGACAUGGACCCAAGAGCGGUGUCCUCUCCGCUGCAGGUGUUCAACAACGUGGCGGCGGAGACGGUGGUGUACCUGGCGAACCUGCUCCUGUACUACAAGGUUAUUUUCCCGGUGCAUAAGUCCAAGGAGUUCUGGCGUGUGAUCUUCAAGAGCUUGGUGGCCCCGCUCUGCAAGGUUGACUUCUUCGCGACGUACGUGACGGACGUGAUGACCUCCUCCGUCAAGACGACCCAGGACAUCGCGUGGACGUUCUGCUUCUUCCUCUCCGGAGACUUCCUGCUGAACCUCGAGGACUACCACCACAAGGGGUCAUCUUGGCAGUGA